GAAGUGGAUUAAGGCUGAGCGCGGAACGCUAGGAGCGGGCCGGGUGUGUGUGUCGUAGCCUCUUUUCUGCGGCUGGUUGCUGAUUUUACACGAUGGAGCCAGUGGCGGAGGGAGUCGGUGUGACCGCAGUUCCUCUGUCAGGUUCCUAUAGCACUGAUGAGUGUCCCGAAGUCGAAGAAGGAGUUGGCCUAGCGGUUGAGAAGGACGCAGUCACGAGAGGAACGGAGGCCGGUGGAGACAGCGAGGAAGACGGGGAGGAUGUGUUCGAGGUGGAGAAGAUCCUGGACAUGAAGACGGAGGGGGGUAAAGUGCUUUAUAAAGUUCGCUGGAAAGGAUAUACAUCGGAUGAUGAUACCUGGGAGCCUGAAAUUCACCUGGAGGAUUGUAAAGAGGUGCUUCUUGAAUUUAGGAAGAAAGUUGCAGAGAACAAAGCCAAAGCAGCCAAGAAGGACAUUCAGAGACUGUCAUUAAAUAAUGAUAUAUUUGAGGCAAACUCUGAUAGUGAUCAGCAAAGUGAGACAAAGGAAGAUACUUCCCCAAGGAAAAAAAAGAAAAAAUUAAGGCAUAAAGAGGAGAAAAGCCCUGAUGAUCUGAAAAAGAGAAAAGCAAAGACUUGGAAACUGAAAGAUAAAUCCAAAUCAGACCUGGAGAGCUCCUUGGAAAAUGUAGUUUCUGAUUUAAGGACAAAGAAAAGAAUUUUAGAAGCUAAAGAAGAAUUAAAGGAAUCCAAAAAGCCCAAAAAAGAUGAAAUGAAAGAAAAUAAGGAAUUUAAGAAAGUUAAAAGGGCUGAAAUAAGAGAUUUAAAGACUAAAAUAAGAGAAGAUCCCAAAGAAAACAGAAAAACAAAAAAAGAAAAAUGUAUUGACUCUCAAGUGGAAUUUGAAUCGAGUGUACUUAGUGAUUCCCCCUUUCAAGAAGAUGACAGUGAAGAUUUACAUUCUGAUAACAGAGAAGAGAAACAAAAAAUUAAAAGUGCAAAAGAUAGAGUGGGCCAAGAUGCAUGGCAGGACCAAGCUUUUGAUAAACAGCUGGAUAGCGCCACAAGUGCUGAGGAAGAUGUUGAUGUCAAGGCCAGGAGGAAAAAAAAGACCCUGAGAAAGGCUGAGGAACCCAAAGAGAGCAGGAAGCUAGAAAAUAAGAAUGCGUUCUUAGAGAAGAAAACUGUGCCUAAAAAACAAAAGAAUCAAGAGAAAGGCAGAAGUAUCGAGUUAGAGAAGCUGACACCUGCUGCUGCUCAGAUGCCAAAGUGUUUAAGAUUGGGUAGUGAAGAGAGAGGCUUCAGGUCCAGUGACUCCACUGAGGAGGUAAGGGUGAAAUACUGGAAGCAAACUAGCUCUAGUGUGAGAGCUGGUAGCAUCAGACAUUUGCGUAACAACUCAUACUUGUUAUCAAUUUUAAUUUUUUCACUAGCACUUAAAGAAAUCAGAAAUGCAUUUGACUUAUUUAAAUUAACUCCAGAAGAAAAAUAUGAUGCUCCUGAUAGUAAUCGGAAAAGAGAAGAAAUACCACUGGAUUGUAAAACCACAGAGGAUCACAAAACCAAGGAAAAUAAGCAGUUGCUUAAAGAAAGGAGAAAUACCAGGGAUGAAACUGAUACUUGGGCAUAUAUUGCUGCAGAAGGUGACCAGGAGGUUUCAGACACUGUGUGCCCAGUGGAUGAUAAUGCAGAUGGCAGGCAACAUAUUUUGAGUUUGGGCAUGGACUUGCAGUUGGAAUGGAUGAAAUUAGAAGACUUUCAAAAGCACCUUGAUGGGGAAGAUGAGGAUUUUGCUACAGCAGAUGCAAUUCCAAGUAAUUUGUUGAGGGAUGCUGUGAAAAACGGGGAUUAUAUUACUGUAAAGGUUGCGCUAAAUUCAAAUGAAGACUAUAACUUGGAUCAAGAGGAUUCCAGUGGGAUGACACUGGUAAUGCUUGCUGCGGCAGGAGGUCAAGAUGAUCUCCUGAGACUACUCAUCACUAAAGGUGCAAAAGUGAAUGGCCGGCAGAAGAAUGGGACCACCGCCCUUAUUCAUGCUGCUGAAAAGAAUUUUUUAACUACGGUGGCUAUCCUUUUGGAAGCAGGAGCUUUUGUAAAUGUCCAGCAGAGCAGCGGUGAGACUGCGUUGAUGAAGGCAUGUAAGAGAGGAAAUUCAGACAUCGUUCGACUUGUAAUUGAAUGUGGGGCUGACUGCAACAUUUUGUCAAAGCACCAAAAUAGUGCACUGCAUUUUGCAAAGCAGAGUAACAACGUGCUUGUGUACGACUUGCUGAAGAGCCAUUUAGAGACACUUUCAAGAGUAGCAGAAGAGACAAUAAAGGAUUACUUUGAAGCUCGUCUUGUUCUUUUAGAACCAGUCUUUCCAAUAGCAUGUCAUCGACUCUGUGAGGGGCCAGAUUUUUCAACAGAUUUCAAUUACAAACCCCCACAAAACAUUAUGGAAGGCUCUGGCAUCCUGCUGUUUAUUUUCCAUGCAAACUUUCUGGGUAAAGAAGUUAUUGCUCGACUCUGUGGACCAUGCAGUGUACAAGCUGUGGUCUUAAAUGAUAAAUUUCAACUUCCUGUUUUUCUGGACAGUCAUUUUGUUUACUCAUUCAGCCCUGUCCCAGGCCCAAAUAAACUCUUCAUAAGGUUGACAGAAGCACCCUUGGCUAAGGUGAAGCUGCUAAUAGGAGCAUACAGAGUGCAGCUGCAGUGACCACACACAAAGGACUGGGAUGGGGUUAUUUUCAGACCUAUUCCUAAACAUUCUCUUUGAAACAGUUUGUUAUUCUCCUGGCACAUCUCAAACCUUCACAUGUAAAACUUUGUACACCUCCUAUGGUGCAAGCCUGUCUUUUGUCAUCUGUAAGAUGGGAGAGAGGGUGUGUUGAUGCCAGUGUUUGGACAUCUCAGCAUUGUGUCCAGACUGUGUAUUUCAGUUUUUCCACAAUGUGGAUGGUACAUAUGAGGAUUAUUUAAGAAAAUUAAAAACUUUUUCUAACUAAAAAUUUUCUACUAGCUCUCAUAAAUUUCUGUGUUUAAAGGGGGAAAAAAGAAAAAAAAGAAAAAAAAUUCAACCACAAUUGCUCCUAGCAAGGGAGCAUGUUACAUUCAAGUACUCAACACUAAGUAUGGAUUGAUAUGGUGACGUGGGGGGAGCCUGACCUUUUCUAAUACAUAUACAAGGAGAGGGUGCCAAAAAACUGCAUACACAUUUUAAGAUAGGA